CUCGAUGUCCAGCAGCUUUUCGCCGACGGCGGGCGAGCUCGCGCUCGUCAACGCCAUCUUCGCCCGCGCCGACCCCCAGAAGCUGGGCAUCAUCACCGGCGAUGCCGCCGUGGACGCCUUCAGCGGCUCCCAGCUCUCGCCGACCCUCCUCGGCGAGAUAUGGGGGCUCGCCGACAGGGACAACAAGGGCUUCCUCACGCGCAAGCAGGUCGCGAUCGUCGUGCGCCUCAUGGGCUGGGCGCAGAAGGGCGAGCCGUUGAGCGAGAGCCUGAUCAGCAAGCCUGGCCCUUUGCCGAGGCUUGAAGGCAUCGCAUCCCCUGUCGUCCAGCAAGGUACUGGGAGCGCAACCCCACGAUCGCCUGCACCGAAGACGGUCAACGUACCUCCGCCAUUGACACCCCAAGACAAGGCAAAGUUUAUGAAACUGUUCGUCAGCUGCGGUCCCGUCAAUGGACUCCUUAGUGGCGACAAGGCUCGUGACGUAUUCAUGAAAUCCAAGCUUCCGGUCGACAAGCUCUCCCAAAUAUGGUUCCUCGCAGAUACCCAGAAACGCGGCUCGCUCGAUUCCACCGAUUUCACCAUCGGGAUGUACCUAAUCCAGGCGUGCAUGUCUGGCCAACUCUCCUUCGUACCCACCAGCCUACCUCCGGGCCUAUACGAACAAGCGGGCGGCGGCAAGGGCCCGGACGGCGGCGUCGCGACGCACAACACCGGCAGCAGCGGGUUCUCCAGCCCCGGCGUCAACGGCGGCUUCCCGGGGCGAAGCCCCAGCGCCAUCCAACCCCAGACCACCGGCCAAAUCCAGUCGAUACUGCAGCCUCAACAUACCGGGCAGAUCUCGUCCUCGAUAUUGCAGCCUCAGUACACCGGCCAGCCGCUCCACCCACAGCAGACCGCCUCCGGGCUGCAGCAGCGGCCCGCGCCCGCCGCAUUGGGGAGCAGCGCGUUUGGGCUGCCGGCGACCAGUGCUCCGGCCGCGUUACCCUGGGACGUGACGCCUCAGGAGAAGGCGGCUGCGGACCAGUUCUUCGAUACGCUCGACACGCAGAAGAAAGGGUUCAUCGAAGGAGAUGUCGCGGUGCCGUUCUUCCUGCAAUCGCAGCUGCCCGGGGAUGUGCUAGCGCAAGUCUGGGACUUGGCUGAUAUGAAUGAUGACGGCCGGUUGACCCGUGACGGCUUCGCCGUCGCGAUGCACCUCAUCCAAGGGAAGCUCGCUGGAAAGGACAUUCCCACCACGCUCCCUCCAACGCUAAUCCCACCUUCGAUGCGCGGGACUGCCGCCGCCGCCCCGGCGCCAGCUCCGCAGGUUCCGGAGGCUAUCCGAGAUUUACUCUGGGACGAUACACCUCCACCGUCCGCGCAAACUACAUCUCCGCCCCUGCAACCCCAACAAACGGGCGUCUUAUCUCCGUCCGCCCGGCCGACCUCUCCACCGCAGCCUGCCCGUGCUCCGGUAGAUCCGUUCGGUUCUUCAUCGUUCGUAGCUCAAACGUCGUUCCACCAAGACUUGCUCGGCGACGAUGAGGGUGACCAAAACAAGCUUCACGAGCAGGCCGCCGAGAUCGGUAACAUCAAGAACCAGCUCGGGUCCACCAACCGCUCGCUCGAGGCGGCCCAGAAAGAGCGCCAGCAUAUGGAACAAACCCUCGCGAACCAGGCCGCCGAGCUAUCGAGCCUCCAGACGCAGCUCUCGUCCGCCAAAGCCGCGUACGAGACGGAGAGCCGGGUGCUGCAAGGGAUCAAGGACCGUUUCGCGGCGCAGGCGGCGGAUAUACAGAAGGCGCGAGAGGAGCUCAUCCGUGCCGAGAGCGACCUGAGCGCGCUCCGCGUGGAGAAGGCUGAGGUCGAGGGCGCGCUGCUGCGCGACAAGGAGGAGGUGCGCGGCCUACAGCGGCGCAUGGCCGAGGUCGGGACCGAGGUCGAGAUGAUCAAGCAGGAGAUCGAGAGGGCGCGGAAGGAGGCUAAGCUGCAGAAGGGCAAGCUCGCGGUCGCGAAGAAGCAGCUGCUGACGCGCGAGAACGAGCGGGAGAAGAUCGCGGCGGAGGAGCGCGAGGCGCACGAGGAGGCGCGCCAGGCGGCGGAGGAGCUCGCGCGUGCGCAGGCGGAGCUUGCCAAGGAACCCGAGCCCGUGCCGGCCAGCGUCACGAACGGGCAUGCGGUAGUGGCCUCGCCGCCCGCGGUGCCGGAUACGUUCGCCCCAGGCUCGCCGGACUCGCUCGCGCUCGCUGCUGCCCAGCCGCUCCCCCUCACGCCCGACGUCACCGGCUCGCGCGUGACGAGCCCCGCACCGAGCGGGAAGAGCAACAACCCCUUCGAGCGCCUUGCGAUGGGCGGCGGCUCGCGGUCCCAGUCGCCCUUCUUGCCGUUCACGAAUGCGGAUGUGCCGACCCCCACCGCCGCUCCCGCCGAGCAUUCCGCACCUGCACCUGCUGCAGCGGCCAGCUCCGAGGAUCCGUUCGGAUUCUCCGACGCUUUCGGCACGCUGGAGACAUCGCCUGCUGAGACCGCCGCCCAAGCCGUUGCUGAGGCUUCAAAAGAGACCCAACCCAUUGCAACGCUGACCCCGCAGGCUCCUCCGGACCUUGCCGCCAUGUCCCCAAUCUCAACCACCGGAACUGAUGAGUUCAUGACACCUCCUUCGACCGCGACGGCACCGCAGCAUAGCACUCCUUUCGUAGAAGAGAGUGCCCCGAAGGUCGAGUCUGCUCCGCCCACUCCGCCUGGACUAGACACGGUCGCGCCUGCCGCCCAAGAGCCAGAACACAAAGAGGUCAAAGAAGACCUGGAGUCUCUCCACGAGCACGAAGCCGAAGAUACCGACAGCAGCGACGACGAGGAAGGUCCUCAGUCCAUGCCUGGUGCGCUUGACUUCAACCCGCCCACCACGGAAGCGGCUCCUUCGUCGGAGACCCCUAAAGCGCCCGAACCAGUUCCUGCGGCCAACGGACUCUCUGCCUUCGACGAUUCUUUCGGCAUCUCCACCCCCACGACGGCCGCGACCACGACCGGUUUCCCGCCAGCUUCGCCAGCGCCCGCUCCAAAAUCGCCCGAGGUACUUGGAGUGAGCGCUGCUGAUCCCUUCGGGGCGCCGUUCGCGCCGGCGACCGAGGUGCCGAAGGCGGAUACCAGCGCGUUUGAUGAAGCGAUGGGCACCAUCGCAACCCCCUCAAAGGCGAACUCCGAUGUCCCCGCUGCCGCUCCGUUCACUUUUGACACCGCGUUCGAGGACAAUUUCGACUUCUCUACCGUCGGAGCGGAGACAUCCUUUAUCCCGUCUCCACAGCCGGUCGCGACGGCGACAGCGACGGAGCCCGCUCCAUCCACAUCUACCACCGGCGGUGGAUUCGAUGACGUCUUCGGGUUCAAAGCCAAUGGCACUGCUGCCUCUCCGCCGGAGGCGAAGCCACAGAUUCCGGAGGCGAAACCCUCGAUCUCGUUCGACGACGCCUUCGGAGUGGCAGACGCCUCAACGCAACCUUCGAGCCUUUCGGCCAGUCAGACGACCUCAACAUGGCCCUCGAGCAGCCAUCCCUCCGCCCCGAAUGGAUCCAGCAACGGGAUCUCUUUCGACGACGCGUUCGGAGGGGUAGGUGGAACCCAGGCUCUCGCCCUCAACAACUUUGGCACGGCGUCCUCCAAGGCGUCGGCAGCUUCUCGGUUGCAGUCUCCGGGCUCUGCCACGUCCUUCCCGAGGACGUCGCCGCCGUCCUCGCCUCAAAGGAGCUCCACUUAUGGCUCCCUCACAGGCCGCUCAGCGUCUCCUUCAUCCAGGGCUGUGUCGCCCCCACCUCGCCACAGCUCGCCAAAACCGCGACCGUCUACCGCCUCCUCCGGCAAAGAAUCGUCUUCCGAUCAUGCUCCCAAAGGGAAGGAAGUUACACCGAGGCAUUCCCGCCUGAGCAUUCGCCUACCAUUCGGAAAGAAGAAGAAGGACAAGCUCGAACAGCUCCCUCCCAUGCCCGGCGCAUCUCAAUCUCAUCUCGCUGCACCCAUAGUAGAAGAACCCAACUCAGGAACGGCUACGCCAAUGGCCGACGACGACGUCGAGCCCGUCAAGGUGCUGUGUGGAAUGGGCUUCAGCCGCACUCAAGCCGUAGAAGCCUUGGAGAAACACGGAUACGACGUGCCGAGAGCUUUGAAUAGCCUGCUGGGUCAAUGAACGGUAUUUGUAUAAAGGCCCUUGUUCUCGACACGACGGACACGCUCUUUAGCUUCCCCAUUUUUUCCUUAACGUAUGCUAUCCCCUUCGUUGCAAUAAGAAUAUCCUUGUCUC